AUGACGGUGAUAAACACGGUGGUGGUGGUGGUCAUGAUGGUGAUGAGCAAGAUGGUAGUGGUGAUUGUCAUUGUGGUUAUGAGCAAGGUGGUUGGUGAUGAUGGUUUUAAGCAUGAUGGUGGUGGUGGUGAUGAGCAAGAUGGUAGUUGUUAUUGUCAUGAUGGUUAUGAGUAUCGUCGUGAUGGUGGUGAUAUUGAUACGUAUGGUAAUAAUGGUGGUGGUGAUGAUGGGGAUGAAAACGCUGGGGAUAAACACGGUGGAUUUGGUGGUAAUGAUGGUGGUGAGCACGAUGGUUGUGGUAUUGGUCAUGAUGGUAAUGAGCAGUGUGGUGUUGGAGGUCAUGAUAAUAAUGGACACGGUGAUGGAUGGUGA